AUGGGAAUCUGCUCAUCUUGCCUCGGCAACCGCCGGCGGGAUGAGUUCGAAGACGAUGAUGAGGCCCAGCAUCUCUUCGACGACCCCAACAAUCUGCACUAUGGCAGUUUCGACCAGCAGCACAUGAUGAGCCAGGAGGACCCGCAGGAAGCCCAAAGAGAGAUUGAGGCUUUGCAAAGGGUGGUGGCGCGUACGUCAGAUGCUAUGGUUGACAUCUACGAAAUCGUGCCGCAAGACAAGGCCGCCGAGCCCGCUCCCGGUCCCUACGUCUACGCCGGCCAGGACGCCACCACGAUUCGGUACCAAACACUUCUCUCCAAGUUGUCGUCGCAUGAUGACCUCGCUGCUGUCGCCUGUGUCGAUUGGGGUUUCCCGGACGAUGACACCAUCGAGAUGCAGCAAGGCACUGUGCCCAUAAAGGUUGACGGCGGCGAUACCCUGAUCGGUAACUUUGCCGAUGCUGCAGCGGCCAUGCGCUGA